GUAACAUUUAUGGCCGCUUGAUUUCUUUUCUUGUUUAUUUGACGUUCUUGCGUAUUCUGUUGAUCAGGAGGGGAUAUCUACUGAAAAUAAUUGCGUUAAUCGUCGGCAAACAUUUGCUGCAUUAAACUGUGAAUUAAAAUUGUCAAUCUGGAAGUGAUACAAGUAACCCGUGAGGACGCCAGUAUGACGUCCGUAGUUAGAAGAAGGGAACAGGAUGAUUCCGGCGAAUAUUCGGAUGCAUCUCAGGAUAAUGAUCGCAGCAACUCGUUAACCGACGGGGCAGCGAUCGAAUCCGAUUACGAUUCAGCCGCGAGUGAAUCAGAAAAUUCUGAACGAGAUCCCGAGAAUCAGGAAACUGAGAGAAGGGUUGAUGAUGAUGAAGACAGGAGCAAUCCUCAAUACAUACCUAAGAGAGGGACGUUUUAUGAACAUGAUGACCGAACUGCUGCCAGUGGUGAAGAAUCGGCCAAUACAACAUCUGAUGUGGCUUCAGAGAAGAAGGAAGGCUCUGAAGCGCCUACUGAGCGCAGGCGACCGCCUCGCAAGUCGGAAUCCGUAAAUAAAUGGUCUCAUGACAAAUAUAAUGAAAAUGAACAGAUGCCAAAAUCCCGUGACGAGUUGGUUGCGAUAUACGGCUACGAUAUAAGGAAUGAAGACGCACCGCCUCAUGCGCGUAGGAAUAGACGAUAUGGACGUGGACCUAAUAAGUACACUCGUACCUGGGAAGACGAGGAGGCGUACCGUCGUCAGGCCGCGCAGCAGCCUCGCAAACCUCCCAACCCUGAAGACUUCCCAGAAUUAGAUGCACCGCCAAAGUUCAAUUCCAGCAGAAAGACAAGAGCCCCUCGUCCAAGGUCCAAAUCUCAACCGGCAUCAAAUGAUUCAUCGGACAGGAGUGGUCAGCUGAGACGUAAUGCAUCAAUAAAGACCAAAGCGAAGCCCGCAGUCAAACCUGUCAAAGUCAAAAAUGUCAAACCAGCGGCCAAAGACAAGUUGCCAGCGUUGGAGAAUCUUACUAUAACUACGAUUUCUAAUAAUACUGAGGGUCCAGCAGCGCGGCGGGUGAGCGCUCCGGUGGCGCAGCAGCGACCUGUGCCCACUGAACAGGCCAAGAAGAAACCAACACCAGCACAGCCGCAGCAGAAUAAUGCGGCUACGAAACCGCAAACUCAACAAGUACAGCAGAAACCCCAACAGAAACCGCAACAACCGAAACCGCAACAAAAUCAACCGCAAACAACUGCAAAUGCGGAAUCAAAAGCGGGUGGUAGUAAGCGGUACAGCAGUUUGCGACAACGACCCCUCGCAGAGACAUAUUCCCCGCAACAACCACAACCAACAAUGCAACAACCGCAACAACAACAACCAAGUGUCCAACAACCAAGUGUCCAACAACAAAGUGUCCAACAACAAAGUGUCCAACAACAAAGUGUCCAACAACCGCAACCUACACCACAACCAACGCAACAACCGCAAACGACACAACAACCAACACAACAGAAUCAACAACAUAGAUAUCAUGCAGAUUAUCCAGGUAACGGUCCCAACCAGUCGCAGCAUCAGGGCAGCCCAGUACCCCAGAUACAUCCCCAGCAGUUAAUGCAUCAACAACCUUUGAAUGUGCAUCGUAAUAAUGUGAGCCAACCACACGGACCUUCGCCCCCGCAUCAGGCAAUGCAGCCACAGCACUCGCAACAGGUGAGACUUGGUAUACUGGAUCAGCCGCCGCAAAUGGUCUCCCAUCCUCACCACACCAUGCACAAUAUACCACCUCAACAACAUAUAGGACAAAUCCCCCCAACGCAAGGAUACGCCCCACCCGCCAUGAUGCCCGCUCAAUAUAUGCAGCAAAGCGGUAGUGGUGCGGUGUUCGGUGGCGCGCCGAUCUACGCGCAGCCUCCCGCCGCAUACCCACAUCAGAUGUACCAGCACCACAACUACACACAGGCCGGUGGUGUGACGUACUACAACUGCGCGGAACAGGAGCAGCCGCCGCCGCAGCCGCUACGUGCGCAGCGCAGACCCACCGCCGCCAUACCCAUUGUGAGACCUCACGCGCCUCACGCGCCUCACGCGCCUCACGCGCCUCACGCGCCUCACGCGCCUCACACAACUCAUACACCCAAUGCAACGUCCAAUACUGCUGCACCCCCAGACAGACCUGCUAAUUCAACAGAGAAGGAUAAUAUAGAUAGAAUUGUGGAGAAUAUGUUUGUAAGAAAGCCCUGGCCUGCACACGGAGCUGAACAACCAAAAGAUAAAACACAAGAGAACAGAAGUUCGCAAGAGCCUGCCAGUAAAGAAUCAUCACAGCCGAACAGUCUUACCUCUAGUUCAACAUCUGAUAAACCUUUGGAGAGCGUACAGAAGGAGGCAGAAGAGAAAACGGAGAAGAUCGCAGAAGGUGACGUCACAGAAAAUAUAAUAGACGCCUGACUGGUAAAAAUAAAUUUGUAUGAGAGAUAUGAAACUAAAUAUUGUAGUGGAAGAUAGUUUUUUUUAAUUAUGAAAGUGGUCACACAUUUUUUUUUAUUUUUCCAGUUUUUUUUUGUCUGAAU